AUGCAACACUUUCACACCUCCUACGCUCUUUUUUUCUUCCUAACCACCCUCAUUCUUUUCACAACUAUCUCAUCCGCCCACCCUCUACCACCAAACACAGCAGAUGUAGCGCUGAACGUUGACGUAGCCGAUCCCUCUAUUCCAUAUUUAAAAAUCGAGCCCAGCCUUGCGGAGGAGCUUUUGGAUAUAGUCAAGGUUAUAAAAUUUUCCACGGAGAAAUCCUCCGAGGAUGGUAUUCUAAGGGAACUAGUCAGUGCAUUAAAAGUAUUGGCUCUUCACGGCGGAGAUUAUGAAGACAUUAAGCGAGUUGUGUCGUUAACGGAAGAGCUAGCCCAAGGAAGGGAAGACGAUUUUUUGGCAGGCUAUAUUUUACAUGUCGGCAAACAAUUGUUGGGAGAAUAUGAAACACCGAGUUUCGAGGAUAAUAAAGAAAGUAAAGAGAGUAAUGAAAUUGAAAAA